CUGAAUCCUCGUGCCUCUAUCACAGAGCGUCCGGUCAGGUUACGAGCGGAAGCACUCGCUCUUCCGCGUCACCGACGGGCUCCGAUGGCGCACUGCUGAUCGCUCCGACGGGCUCCGAUGGCGGCGGCCGCACCGCCCCGCGUCCCCAUUUCCUCCUCCUCAGCGAGGCACAGGGGGCCUGCACGUCCCAGCCUUCUCUCUGCCGCCGCGGCGCCCCCGGGGUGGCGACGGCGCAGGGAGCCGUACCCGGCGGUCUCCAUCGCGGCAGGCUCCGCCCAGUCGCCGCCCGGAGCUCUCACCGUCGACCCCACGGUCGACACGUUACUAGACAGUGUAAAGUGGGAUAGCAAAGGAUUGGCUGUUGCUAUUGUGCAAAAUAUGGAUACAACAACAACAACAACAAAGCCUUUCAGUCCCAAACAAGUUGGGGUAGGCUAGAGAUGAAACCCAUAAGAUCUUGCAAGUCUAGUCAUGGCUCUGGCACGUGGAUAGCUAACUUCCACGCACCCCUGUCCAUGGCUAGUUCUUUGGUGAUAUUCCAGUCUUUCAGAUCC